UUAGCAUUGGCUUCUUUGGAUUUUUUGAUGGCUAGUGUGUACAAGUCUGUUUUCAUCUUGCAAUUUUACAAGAAAUACAUGGACUAAUAAAAAAAGAGUAAGAAAGAAGAAAAGCUUGAAUGAGAAUAAAUUGUACGUUGAAUAUUGUCAUUUUUCACUCCUCCUUACCCCUUCUGUGCUUGUUUUACUUAGUUGUGUACAGGUAUAUGUAAAGUUUAAUAAAUGUAUGGAGAGUUAUAAUGGUGUAGUGUAAAGCGCUUUGAGCGCCUUGAAAGGUGGAAAAGCGCUAUACAAGUUCUAUUGGUUUAUUUAAUUUCUAAUAAAUACAUUUAUAUAGUGAGUGGUUCAAUUGCCUUUAAUUAUCAGCAUGCUUAAAAAAGAAAAAGUACCGUAUUGGCCCGAAUAUAAGACAGUGUUUUUUGCAUUGAAAUAAUAUUGAAAAAGAGGGGGUCGUCUUAUAUUCGCGGUCUAGACAUUAUACCCAUUCACGACGCUAGAUGGCGCUAGAUAUCAUUGAAGCGAUGUUCUGUCAUGACAGACCUCUUCUACUCUCCCCAUUCACGACGCUAGAUGGCGCCAGAUAUCAUUGAAGCGAUGUUCUGUCAUGACAGAUCUCAGCUACUCUCAAGUUUAACCAGUUUGCAUGAUUUUAUUGCAAUGUUUUUCCUUAUUCAGAUUUGUUUCAAGACUACAGUUACAUUUAGACUUCACUUUCAUGGUUAAAGCAGUUAUUGCAAUUUUGUUGUUUUAUCACAAUAGAUCGGUUUACUUACAUUUCAAAAACCAGAAGCCAUUCAUUUACGAACGUGAUUGCACUUUAGUUUACAUAUUAAAAUGUUCAGGUAUUAAGAAUUUGAUGAGGCAAAAUAAAAUGCUUUUUCUCUCAAAUUUAUUGUUAUAAUCAUUUGUUUCAGAUGUACUGUAAUUAUUUUCUGUAUAAAAAUUAAUUUGGUGUUCAAAGUCUUUUUUCAAACUUGAGUCUUGAAAAAGAGGAGGUCGUCUUAUAAUCAGGGCCGUCUUAUAUCCGGGCCAAUACGGUAUAUCAGCUUACAAAAUUGGCUUUAGACAUCGGCAGAAUUUUUUUAUUUUAAAAAAUCUGCAUCGGCCUUUGAAAAUCCAAUAUCAGUCAACAACACCGAUAGGUAAUAUUCAGAGGAAAUUAAAAAUGAGUCGCAAUGAUAUGAAAAAGACUAUUGUACAUUAAUUAUAAGAAAAUUGUUUUCAUGUUAUGUUUUUAUUUGAGCCUCAACAUAAUUGGCUCAUUCAACCAUUAUUGAAACAAGUAAAAGGAAAAGGGCUAAAUGAAUACAACAAAUUUGAAAAUCAGUCCUGUCCUCUUUGCUAAUGUAGCUAAAUUGGCUAGAUUUUCAAAUGGAAAGGGUUAUGUGGACUGAUUGCCUUACAUUGCCCACUGGUGUUUUGGCCCAUUUGUUGCCGUCUCGAGUGUAGCUGGGCGCCGCCAUGUGCCAAAUGCGACUUUUCCACAAGGCGUGCCAACAAGGCGCUAUCAACGCUGCCCUGCCCAUUCUCAUUUCCUCAUUCCUCGACUCAGUCCGCCAAAAGCGAGUGUUGUGGCAUUGUUCUCCCAACCGGGUCAAGCGGGAGCUGCUUUUUUCUGGACUGUUGACAUACAGUGAGCGGUAGGGCUACUCGGGACAGAAGGUUGCGUCAUGUGAAGAAGCCUCAACCUUUUGACCGUCUCUGUGAUUCUGAGUCCAACUGACCAGAAGUAAUUUGACUACAACCUGACCCCACCCUUCUAAGGCCACGGGCAUGCCUCAGCCGGGUAUGAAUGGCAUGGAGCCUGCUUUUGGCGAGGCCUAUGGGGUUCACCGGGCUCUACUCAGCCCCUACCCAAUGGCCAUGUCACCUCAAGGGGGCAGGACAGAGUAUGACCAGAGCAUUCUCCUCAUGCUGGGUUCACCAGCGUCCCCCCGCAAACGGCCCUUUGAGCUGCUGAGCGACCUGGUGGACGAUGGCGGCCUGGGCGAGGAUUUGCACGCUGAACGCUGGGACGUAUCGGCUCUGGACGAAAUGGCCCGGUACACCAAGCUGGGCCUGGGCGUGGCCUCCGAGGACGCCGUGCUCAUGGGCCGAUGGGGACGGAGUCGCGAAGAGGACAAGCCAGCCGAGAAGACGACCAAAGAUGAACCAGUUGUCGCGGGACGAGGACAAGACAGAGGUCUGAGGAAAGCGAACAAAGCAGAGGUGUACCAAUCACAGGUAUGUGACUCUUUGCCACGUCAGGUGACACAGGAGGAGGACCAUCGGGGGGAGGCGCCAGCGUCAGGUUUGCUGUUGGAGCACUGCAGUGAGGAACACAACUAUUCCCUGAGCCAGGGAGGAGAACCAGUCAUAACUCAUGGCAUCCAGGAACAGGCUCAACAGCAACAGGAAAACACGCAGGAGGUUCAGGACCAGGAGGACACUGAGAAGGUAGACAUUGACGAGGAAGACGAAGAAGAGGAGGAGGAGGAAGAAGAUGAAGAGGAAGACGAAGGAGAGGAGGAGACAGCAGCAGAUCUCUCAAGCUCGUCUGACACUGAAUGUGAGGCAGAGGCGGAGCCCGCGAGACCGCCUGGCGAGCGUACGGGCGAACGCCCAUCCAAGCGCCGCUGUUUCUGGGAGUACCGACGGUCCCGGGUCUCUGCAGCCAAGAAAACGAUGGGUGGAGGAGGAGACGACUGGUCGCUGUCAUGGAGCUCCAGCACGCUGCCCAGCACGCUUUACCUAAGACAAGGCAAGAAAGGGCGACGCAAGGCCCGCAAGACAGACGCUAGCGACCUGACUCCUAACCCGCAGAAGCUGCACAACAUCGGCGAGCAGUUGCAGAAGCUUAACGCCGCCAUUGACAGCAUGGGGCCCGUCAACGACCUCCCUGCCGUUGCCAGGGCCAGAUCACGCAAGGAGAAAAACAAGCUGGCGUCCAGGGCAUGCCGUCUGAAGAAGAAAGCGCAGCAUGAGGCCAAUAAGAUUAAACUGUGGGGGCUCAACCAGGAGUAUGAAAACCUGCUGGGGGCGCUGCUACGCAUAAAGGAGCUGAUCCGGCAGAAGGUGGAGAGAAGCGAGGAAGAAGACAUGGACGAGCGAGGAAUGACACGCCGUCUGGAGGACAUCCUCACUCAAUCCAGCGGUCCUCUAGUCGCUGGGCGGACCAAAGACUUCGUGCAGAGGAUCUUAGCGGCCAGCGGGCGUCCCAGCCAGCACAAAGAGCCCCCCAAAGAAGAACAGCAGGUGGCGCUCUAAAUCCGACCCCUGAUGUUUCUGUGUGAGUGUAUGCUGCUCUUGUAAAAUACUGUACUCCCGUUUUUCCCCACCGUUUGCUGUAUUCGUACCCCAUUGUGCCUAUAAAUAGACAUUGCACUGUUUUGUAGAUGCCCGGAGUGAUCCGCGGGGGGGCACUAGCGAGCCGAGGCACCUCUGAGAGCAGGGGUUCUCAAACUUCGGGUCCUGAGAUGACAUUUUUGCAAGAACCGCCUUAUAAUCUUCAUGGCAAUUACCGUUUGUACCCAUAGUUGCUAAUAGAUUACAGAAAAUUGGAGUCAGAAGUCUUUUUUUUUUUUUGUAUUCAUUCAAAAUAAUUCUAAUUUUACAAUAAACUCAUUUCAGGAAAAACAGUCCAAAUGUUGCAAAUAAGUUAUAGUUACUAUGACUAUUAUUCUCAUAGAACUUUUUUCUCAUCAUAGGCAUUUUUUUUGGACGAAUCUUGUAAUUGCACGACUAAUUUAUUCAACGGACCCGAGUUUGAGAAGCACUGCUUUAAAGGAUGCGAGGGGGGUGUCUUCUUUUUGUUAUAUAUCUUUUUAAAAAAAUGUGGCGAGUCCUAAUGUUUGAGCAGCUGUAUGCCCCCCUCCCUUGAGCUUUAAGACCCCUACCACUUCCUCUCCAUCAUCUCGUCGCCAUGUUUAAAAAGCUGCACCUUAAUCCAAAGCGACCAAAGAGAAAAAAAAAACACCAAAACCUCGCACACGCCAACGUUUUGUUUUUAUUUUGACUGAAACACCAGCAUGCACCCCCCCAACCCCCCUAUGAAAAGCAUUUCAGCGCCCCUAUGCUUGCCCCCCCCCCAACUGAUUAUGUAGCGCACCUUUGUAACCACAAGUUUAAACACUCUUAGAGAGCAAAUAAUGCAUCUUUAUCUUUCAUUUGUAUUUUAACGGUGGUGUACUGUAUAUAUGUGUAUGUGUAUGAAUAUAUAUUGGCAUACACAUACACAAUGGGAGGAAAAAGUGUGGAAUUUCUGUAUCAAUUGGUCUGAAAAUAUGGUCUAAUCAUCUAAAUCACAGUCGUAAACAAGUUUGCUUAAAAGAAUAACAUAGCAAUGUCAUGUUUUAAUUUUUUACUUUUUUUAAAAUUGGAAAUCAGACCAUGUGAACAAAAUGUAAUGCAGCAACAUUAGAAAUUCUAUCCUUUUUCCUUCCUCUUUAUCUAUAUACAGCACUGAUAAAUGGUUUGUGAUAAUAGGCUUUGACGCAUGGACAUUUCCAAAGGCGUCCACUAGGAGGCGUUUUGCUAGUCCGGUAGAUCCGGUAGCUCUUGAGAAUCUGGUAGUGACACUGUUGAUGUUACUAGGCCCUAUCUUGGUUUCAUGAUGGCAAAAGCAAAGAGCAGGAUUCUGAUUAAAUAUCUUUGGUAAUUUUUAAAAAAAAGUGACAAUUAUAAUUGUAUUAUUAUUUUUUUUAAUUAUUAACCCUUUAUAGGAAACUCAUGUAAGCCUUUGCCUGCCAUUGACGGCGCUAAACGUCCAAUCCAUUCUGACCAGGAGGGCUGGAAGCGUUCCUUCACUGUCAGUUUCUUCCAGUCAAAAUAAUUGAACGUCCAAUGUCGUCAGUGAUAGCCAGUGAGUUAAAAAAGUGCCCUAUAAAAACUUAAAAUACAAUUUAUUGUACAAAAAAAGAAGUACCAUAUAUACUCGCCUAUAGGUCGCAAUAUUUUUACCGAAAUUUUCGCCCUACCCAAAGUUAUACGCCCGAUAUGUUGACAAUUGCCCAAUUUAGACCGUCGUAAAACUGAAAAACAUAUAACUUAGCAUUAGCUACGUACGCUAACUAUACAUGCAAGUUACGCUCAAAAUAAUCUGCAAAUGUCUAAUAUAAAAAUACAACAUCUCAUAUAACAAAAAAUAUAUAUAUAUGCACUGUACUUUAGACAAACUACUUACAAACAAAACUCGCUUGAGGAAGAAGUAAAGACCAAAAUCGGAGCUGCAACUGUUUACGUCGUGCAGCCAUCUUUACGGUGGCCGAGAGGUGUCGGGCGAAAUACAAAGUCCAAACACUUUGCAAAUAAAAAAAGCACGACCCCCAAUUGGAAAUGCUUUGCAAAAGAAAAAAAGCAUGAAUGCAAACUGCCACUACGGAGCCCCUAAGGUGACAUGGAAGAAGAUAAAAAAAAACAGAGAGGAAAAAAAAGUUGACGUUUAAAAAAAAUAUAUAGUGCCUCUAAAGGGACACGAAAGAUUUUUUUCUGUCAAAGCAAAAAAAAAAAGACGAAAGUUAAUUAAAAAAAAAAAAAAAAAAAAAAAACGGAAGUAAAAAGGAAAAGUUGAGGUUGAAACAAAAACAAACCAAAAAAAUGCCCGGGAAAAAAAAACACGAAAGUAAAAAAAAAAAAAUUUUUUUUUUGCCCCGAAAAAAAAAAAGACCCGGAAGUAAAAAAAAAAAAAAAAAAAAAGAAAAAACACAUAAUUCCACUUUUUUAUACGUGCGUUUUGCAGGUAAACAAUGGCAACAAUGGGGCGUGAUCACCCGUGGAGCAGGUUAAUUGAGUUUUACUUUGAAAUAGGCCUAAAAUAUGAUGACAUAAGAUCAAUUCUUGAUAAUAAGCACGGUUUCCAAAUAAGCAGAAGACAUUUGAAGCGAGUAUUAAACUCAACCGGACAUUUUCAUCGGAAAACGUUCUGUGAUUUGGCGGUCCUUGUUGACUUCAUUCGCUUUCCAAAACUCAAACUGACCUGGAGGCACAACUAUCUUCCAACUUUUUUUUUUUUUUUGCUUCGAUGUAAAAAAAAAAAAAAUUUUUUUUUUUUUUUGCUUCAACCUCAACUUUUCCUGUGGCAGUUUGCAUUCGUGCUUUUUUUCUUUUGCAAAGCGUUUGCAAUUGGGGUUCGUGCUUUUUUUAUUUGCAAAGUGUUUGGACUUUGCAUUUCGCCUGACGCCUCUCGGCCACCGUAAAGGCGUCCACAAGGAGGCGUUUUGCUAGUCCUGCUGAUCGAAGGUCACUUCCUGUUUGAAUCCAGAUUAAAUAUCUUUGGUGAUUUUAAACAAAAAAAAAAUACAAUUAUAAUUGUAUUAAUUAUUUUUAAUUAUCAACCCUUUAUAGGAAACUCAUGUAAGCCUUUGCCUGCCAUUGACAGCGCUAGACGUCCAAUCCAUUCUGAUUAGGAGGGCUGGCAGCGUUCAGCUUCUUCCAGUCAAAGUGGAUUGAACCUCUAGUGUCGUCAGUGGCAGCCAGUGAGUUAAAAUAAGUGCCCUAUUAAGACUUAAAAUACAAUUUAUUGGACCAAAAAAGAAGUACCAUAUAUGCUCACCUAUAGGUCGCAAUAUUUUUACCGAAAUUUUCACCCAACCCAAAGUUAUACGCCAGAUAUGUUGACAAUUGCCCAAUUUAGACCGUCGUAAAACUGAAAAAACAUACAACUUAGCAUUAGCUAUGUACGCUAACUAUACAUGCAAGUUACGGUCAAAAUAAUCUACAAAUGU